CCGGGGGGCGGGCGGCCGCAGCCCCGGGGCGCGCACUCGGCCGGGCCGCGGCCCCAGCAUGGCCGAGCCGCUGCUCAGGAAGACCUUCUCCCGCCUGCGGGGCCGGGAGAAACUUCCUCGGAAAAAGUCCGACGCCAAGGAUCGCGGCCGCCCAGCCCAGCCCUCAGAGCCCAAGUCCCCAGAACCGGAGCUGCAGGUCCUUGAAGGGUCCCAGGCUGGAGCAGAGGGACCCCCCAGCCCUGAGGCACCUCGCAGCCCUGCCCGGGGAGCCUACCUGCAGAGCCUGGAACCCAGCAGCCGCCGGUGGGUGCUAGGUGGGGCCAAGCCGCCUGAGGAGAUCUCUCUGGGGCCUGGGACGUCCGGCAGUGGGGAGCCUGCUGGUGAGAUUUGGUAUAACCCUAUCCCCGAAGAAGACCCCAGACUACCAGCACCUGAGCCCUUGGGGUCACAGCCAGCCGCCUCCGAGCCAGAAGGCCCAGUCACCCAAGCUGCAGCCCCUGCCAGCACCCCUACCAAAACAUCCCGCACCAAGUCCCCAGGCCCUGCCAGGCGGCUCUCUAUGAAGAUGAAGAAGCUGCCGGAGCUGCGGCGCCGCCUGAGCCUCCGAGGUACCCGCACCAGCCGGGAGCGGGAGCGAGAGAGGAGCGCCCCAGCAGGCUCUGUCAUCAGCCGCUACCACCUGGACAGCAGCGUAGGGACCCCUGGGCAGGCAUCAGUGGCUGGAGGCACGCGGAGCCCAAGGGGUGGGUACCUCAGCGACGGCGAUUCGCCGGAGCGUCCUGGGGGACCACCCUCACCCGCUGCCUUCCGGCCGUAUGAGGUGGGACCGUCAGCCCGCGCGCCUCCGGCUGCACUCUGGGGGCGUCUCAGCCUGCACCUGUAUGGGCUGAGGGGCCUGCGUCCGACUCCGGCGGCCGCUCCUCGAGAUCUCUGCUGCCUUCUGCAAGUGGAUGGGGUAGCUCGGGCGCGCACGGGGCCCCUGCGGGGUGGACCAGACUUCCUGAGGCUGGACCACACCUUCCACCUGGAGCUGGAAGCUGCUCGGCUGCUGCGGGCCCUGGUCCUUGCGUGGGACCCAGGUGUGAGGCGGCACCGGCCCUGUGCCCAGGGCACUGUGCUGCUGCCAACCGUCUUUCGAGGGUGCCAAGCCCAACAGCUGGCUGUUCGCCUGGAACCCCAGGGGCUUCUGUACGCCAAGCUAACUCUGUCAGAACAGCAAGAAGCCCCUCUCCCAGCCGGGCCCCGGGUCUUUGGCCUCCCGCUGCAGCUGCUGGUAGAACGCGAGCGGUCCCCAGGCCAGGUGCCUCUCAUCAUCCGGAAGUGUGUGGGGCAGAUCGAGCGCCGAGGCCUGCGGGUAGUGGGGCUGUACCGCCUGUGCGGCUCGGCGGCGGUGAAGAAGGAGCUUCGGGAUGCCUUUGAGCAGGACAGCGCAGCCGUGUGCCUCUCUGAAGAUGUGUACCCCGAUAUCAAUGUCAUCACAGGCAUCCUCAAGGAUUAUCUCCGGGAGCUGCCCACUCCACUCAUCACCCAGCCCCUAUAUCAGGUGGUGCUAGAGGCCAUGGCCCAGGGGCACCCAAGCAGGGCUUCCCUGGGUCCCGAGGGCACCAGAGGGCUCCUCAGCUGCCUGCCAGACGUGGAGAGGGCCACCCUGACCCUUCUCCUGGACCACCUGCGCCUUGUCUCCUCCUUCCACACCCACAACCGCAUGACCCCCCAGAACCUGGCAGUGUGCUUUGGCCCGGUGCUGCUGCCAGCGAGACAGACGCCCGCCUGGCCCCGGCUCCGGAGUUCCGGCCCAGGAGUCACCAGCGCGGUGGACUUCAAGCGCCACAUUGAGGUCCUGCAUUACCUGUUACAGUCUUGGCCAGAUAUCCGCCGCCCCCCAGAGGCCCCGGAAGAUGCGCCAUAUUUGCGGCCCAAACGACAACCACCGCCUCACUUGCCGCUGGCAGGCCCGGAAGUUGUGACUCGGCCCCGAGGCCGCGGAGGCCCUGAAAGUCCCCCAAGCAACCGCUAUGCUGGCGACUGGAGCGUGUGUGGACGAGAUUUACUGCCGCGUGAGCGGGACUUUCUCUCUGCGCCUGACUAUGACCACGUGACAGGCAGUGACAGUGAAGAAGAUGAUGACGACACCGGAGAGCCAAGGGGAACUACUGACUUCGAAGAUGAGUUUGAUGCACCCUUCAACCCACAUCUGAAUCUCAAAGAUUUUGAUGCCCUCAUCCUGGAUCUGGAAAGAGAACUCUCCAAGCAGAUCAAUGUGUGCCUCUGAGCCCUGGGUACUAAGGAACUGCUUCUUGGUUGCUAAGGACCAGGUUCUGAUUACUGGUAACUGGGUUCCAAGUUACUAAGGCAGUACCCUGAAAACCUAAAAGGACCUGACCAGAGUUGCUCAGACUGAGCUCCUGGUUGCUAGAGAAUUGCCAAGGGACCAGCCUCCCAUGCUGAGAACCAUUCCCAGCUCCUAGUGCCAUCGUUUGGGCCCUAGUUGCAAAGAGCAGGCUCUUGACAUUUUAAGCACUCAUGCCAUGGCCCCUCUCCUGACCACUAGGGCUUCUCUUUCUGCUGGAGACAGUUGUGCUUGCUAGGCUGGCCUCUCUUGCCUCCCCUUGGCAGGGGAACACCAAUUACUGUGACAUCACCCUGGGGUGUGGAGACAUCCCUAGUCAAACCCUCUUGCUGCUGCCAACCAAACCAGUAUUAGCAUUGAGCAGUACACGCGGUCUCUCUCUCCCUUGAAGUGUCUAAGGACAAUCACGAGGUUCUGCUUAAGAGAAACAGCCCUAGACUUGGCCUCCAUCUGUGAAAGGGCAGGCUGGGGCUUACAGAAAAACAGCUGGUUUCCUGUAACCCUCCCUUCUAGGGAGGACCCCACGAUCAAUCUCCAUCCAGCAAAUGGAGACAGAAUCUGAUGUUUGCUUUCCCCAGUAGCCCCCCAACCCCGAAAAACUGAGCACUUAGCCCCUCCCCUUUGGAGGGACCCCACCUGAGGUAUCAGGCUGGGGGCACUUUGGUACGGAAAAUAUUUAUUGCCUCCAUGCAUGUGUGUGUGUGUGUGUGUGUGUGUGUGAGGAUUCGUGUGCACUGGCCUGUCUGGAGUGGGCAUGUGGAACUCUUUCAGGGACCAUAGAUCGGGAUAGGAUUUGCCAUCUCCUGGCACCCCAAAAUCCCCAGUGAUCAAGUGGGAGAGUUAGGGCCCCUUCCUGUCUCUCACUUCUUUCCACCACUUCCAUCUUUGUGGACAAUAAAUAAACCAGUAUACACAA